ACAUACAUAAAAAAGCGCUACCUCGUGCGCUGAGCCCAUGGCCACUAAUGCGGCUCGCGCUCACUCGGCAAAUGCCACUGCAAAUGCACCGGCAAGCCUCCGGUCCACAUACGACGAAGUCGCGGAGGCGGGAAGGUGAAUGGCAUCGCGCGUGUGCGCGGCCCGCGGCGGCAGUGGCUGUCACGCUCGUGCCACGCCCGUGAAGCCGUAGAAACGCCGCUCGCCCAUCGCGAUGUUGCGCACGUCGGCCAGCGUCAGCUCCUUCUCCGUCCCGACGCCCGAGCCCGUCACCGGCACGAGAAAGCGCGCCCGCAGCGAGUCGCCGCCCGACGUGGGGUCCAUCACCUCGGCAAAGGCGAUGUCGGCCUCGGCGGCGUCGGUGGGCGCGGCGCUCGGGUUGCAAAAGCAGCUGUAGGUGUCAUCGGCCCGCCGGACGAUCACGUCGCCGCGGCACUCGCUCGUGACGGUGUGUAUGGUACCGGCCAAAUCGCCGGGAACCUCCCCCUCCCAGUCCACGCGCCGCCGCACGCCGCCCACCGUCACCGCGCCGUGUGCGAUCUCGAUCGCCCUGCCCAAGUCGGCCUGCUCGAACGCGGGCUUCACCCAGCGGCCACGGACGGUACCGGGCGCAAUCGAGAGGAGGGAGGGCAGCCGCGCCGGGCUGAGCACCCAGUGCACCCACGGGAUGUCGCGCGCGUGCUCAGAGGCCAGCACCAUCUGCGACCUCGUGCGCUCUCCUCCGCGCG